CGACUCGGUGCUGACAUGGCACUAACGAGUUCGCCGUGCUAGCCUAUGGUGCAUUGCCAAAAUUCGGUACUUUCGCAACCGGCACUUUACAUGCCCCGUCAUAUCAUUCGCGCCAUUGACAUGUGCAACAUAUCGACGACCUUUCGGCAUAAUCUCUGUUCUCUUCAUUCUUUACCUUUAUUGUCAUCUGAUUCACUCCGCCGGCCUAGUCCAAGCAAGCGAACAAGGUAGAUAUGUAAGUUACCUACCUACCUAGGUCGCACCUCACAUACUACCUCAUACAUACCGAAAUUCAGAUCAAUUCAUACCCAAACCAAGAUGGCUGCGCCUCCAGAGGUCACAAUGCAUGACCUAACAGGAUCGUGGCUACUAAACAAAACCCUAUCCGACUCGCUCGACCCCGCCUUCGUCUUCCAAGGCAUCCCCUGGAUAAUCCGCAAAGUAAUCAGCCUCGCGACCCUAACCAUGAAGAUCGCCCACUCGAUCGACGAAUCCGGCGUCCCAACCAUGAUCUUCACCCAAGCCGCCUCCGUCGCCAUCGCCGGUCUGAGCGAGGAGACGGAAACGCGGUGGUUGGACGGACGAGAAAAACUCCACUCGUCGACUUUGUUCGGCACGUCUUCUGCUCGGACUCGCAUGAUCUGCCUUGAUACUGCGACUGGGUAUGACGGCAAGCCGCUGGAUGUGUUGUUGACGAAGGACUUUCUGCGGGAGGGGAAGGAGGGUGAGGAGGAGCAUUUGUUUGAUCUUGUUGUGCAUCAGACCAAGGGGUGGGUUAUGGAACAGAUUUGGGGGUUUGGUAUGCUGAAUGGAGAGAGGAGGCUUCUGAGGGUUAUGGGAUUGAAGAAAGGGGGUCAGGCGGUUUAUUGCAUGGCUUGGUAUGAUUGGAAGGGGAGAGACGACGGUAAAUGAAGGGCUUAGUUGGUCUCACCCAAUCGCGAAUAUCCAGGGCCUUUAAGCCAUCAUUGCAGACCC